AAACAGACAUGGCCGACGAGGAAGACCCGCACGACGCUGCGCACAACAUGGGCAACCACCUGCCGCUCCUGCCUGCAGAGAGUGAGGAAGAAGAUGAAAUUGAAAUGGAAGUUGAAGACCAGGAUAGCAAAGAAGCUAAAAAACCAAACAUCAUAAAUUUUGACACCAGUCUGCCAACAUCACAUACAUAUCUGGGCUCUGAUAUGGAAGAAUUUCAUGGCAGGACUUUGCACGAUGAUGACAGCUGUCAGGUGAUUCCCGUUCUGCCACAGGUGAUGAUGAUCCUGAUUCCUGGGCAGACCUUACCUCUUCAGCUUUCUCGCCCUCAAGAAGUCAGUAUGGUGCGGAAUUUAAUUCAGAAAGAUAGAACCUUUGCAGUUCUUGCAUACAGUAAUAUACAGGAAAGGGAAGCACAGUUCGGAACAACAGCAGAGAUAUAUGCCUAUCGAGAAGAACAGGACUUUGGAAUUGAGAUAGUGAAAGUGAAAGCAAUCGGAAGACAAAGGUUCAAAGUCCUUGAGCUAAGAACACAAUCAGAUGGAAUCCAGCAAGCGAAAGUGCAAAUUCUUCCUGAAUGUGUGUUGCCUUCAACCAUGUCUGCAGUUCAGUUAGAAUCCCUCAAUAAGUGCCAGAUAUUUCCUUCGAAACCUGUCUCACGGGAAGACCAGUAUUCAUAUAAAUGGUGGCAGAAAUACCAGAAGAGAAAGUUUCACUGUGCAAAUUUGACUUCAUGGCCUCGCUGGCUGUAUUCCUUAUAUGAUGCUGAAACCUUAAUGGAUAGAAUCAAGAAACAGCUACAUGAAUGGGAUGAAAAUCUAAAAGAAGAUUCUCUUCCUUCAAAUCCAGUAGAUUUUUCUUACAGAGUAGCUGCUUGUCUUCCUAUUGAUGAUGUAUUAAGAAUUCAGCUCCUUAAAAUUGGUAGUGCUAUCCAACGACUUCGCUGUGAACUAGACAUUAUGAAUAAAUGUACGUCUCUUUGCUGUAAACAAUGUCAAGAAACAGAAAUAACAACCAAAAAUGAAAUAUUCAGUUUAUCCUUAUGUGGGCCAAUGGCAGCUUACGUGAAUCCUCAUGGCUACGUGCAUGAGACCCUUACCGUGUAUAAGGCUUGCAACUUGAAUCUGAUAGGCCGGCCUUCUACAGUGCACAGCUGGUUUCCCGGGUAUGCCUGGACUAUUGCCCAGUGUAGGAUCUGUGCAAGCCAUAUUGGAUGGAAAUUUACAGCCACCAAAAAAGACAUGUCACCUCAGAAAUUUUGGGGUUUGACUCGAUCUGCUCUGUUGCCCACAAUACCAGACACUGAAGAUGAAAUAAGCCCAGACAAAGUAAUACUUUGCUUGUAAACAAAUAUGGUAAGGAUAAAGUUAUUUAACAAGUUGGUAUUCUAAAAAUCAGAUCUGCUUUGGAAAUUACCACUUUUGAUGCAUACCUAAGUAGAAAAGCAACAUUACAUGGAAGGUUGCAGGUUCUUAGUCAAAUUGUAUUUGAAGAUUUAAAUUAAAACAUACUAUUGAAGAGAAUGAAAGUACUAUUGAAGACAAUGAAAAGAAGUCUAUAAUACUUGGUUUUCUGGAGUAUCUACUUUAGUAGCUUGGUGCCAUUACUCUGUGGACUCUGAUAUGUCUGUCAUUGAGAGGACUCGAAGACAUCUCUGAAAGGGAUGAGAUUGUUUCCUGCACAAAACAUAUUUGAAAUUCCUGUAAUGUGAGGUUAAUUAUAAUGAUAUGAUCCCAAAACACAGAACAGCAUGUUUGUAUCAGUGCUCCAAAUGGCAGACGUUCCAAAAGCCAGGGUGCCAUGCACAAGUACAUGUUCCUUUUUGAAAGAGGCAAGGCAGUGUAUAUUAAGGGCUUUGUUCCUUUAGAGCUUCUCUGAGAUAUUGUGCUUUGUAAAUUUUGAAAAUACUAAAGAGGUAAAAUAUGCAGUUUGAGCCCCAAAAUAAAGUUUUCAUUUCUUUA